CCCAGGCGUGUGCUGGCUGCAGAGGGGAGCCUUGAUCAGCAGUAAGCGUCUGUCUGCACAGGUGUACAGGCUUUGCUCCCUUCUCCUCCUCCUCCUCCCUACCUGUUUACCUGUUGGUGGUGUCCUCUCAAUCCACACCCAACCAUCUCCUUAAAUUACGUUUGGAUUUGAAUGCAAGGGAAUCAACAAUGGAUGGAAAGCCGCUGGUUUGCUGCUGCUUCUUCAUGUUCGUCUUUUGGGGAACUGGUGAGUCAUUCCCGCACCCCUUACACAGAAAUGUUCAUCAUCAGGAGGGGGAAAUAGGUCUUACAGGUGGGGAGUGACAGCACCCAUAGCUAAUGUUGUUAGAAGGUGUCAGGCUUCAGGGAAUCUGAUCCCCACCCCCCUCGUGGCAGGCUGCCAGUAGUGGAAAAAACAAGGAUCUCUUAAAGGUAAAGGUAAAGGGACCCCUGACCAUUAGGUCCAGUCGUGACCCACUCUGGGGUUGCGGCGCUCAUCUCGCUUUAUUGGCCAAGGGAGCCAUUGUACAGCUUCCGGGUCAUGUGGCCAGCAUGACUAAGCCGCUUCUGGUGAACCAGAGCAGCGCCCGGAAACGCCGUUUACCUUCCCGCCAGAGCGAUACCUAUUUAUCUACUUGCACUUUGACAUGCUUUCAAACUGCCAGGUGGGCAGGAGCAGGGACUGAGCAACGGGAGCUCGCCCCAUUGCGGGGAUUCGAACCGCCGACCUUCUGAUCGGCAAGCCCUAGGCUCUGUGGUUUAACCCACAGCGCCACCCACAUCCCUCAAGGAUCUCUUACUGAGGUAUUUUAUUCAAUAUUCACAGAGAGAGAUGUAGAACAUCAUCUCUGGAAUAAUGGCGUUGCUCCAAGUAAUCUCCUCCCUUCCUUUUACCCUCAGUCACCAGAAUCUCUACCCCUUACCAUACGGUGGCUGUGUAAGGUCUUUUGUCUAUUCAUUUUCUGUUCUGCCACUUUCACUGUCCUCCGGGUCCUAGGAGAAGAGGGGUCUGGAAUGCUUUCUAAAGAUAAUGUGUCAGUCAGUUGCCCCAGCCCUGCUGCCUUCCCCUCCUGUUCUUCCAUUAUCUCCCAGCUUCGUCCCUCUUCUGUCUCAGAGUCAUGACAGUGAAGGUCCUGUGUGAGUGCCUGGAGGCGGUUGGAGGAUGGAUGGCAACUAAUGGAUUGAGGUUGAAUCCUGACAAGACAGAAGUACUGUUUUGGGGGGACAGGGGGCGGGCGGGUGUGGGGGAUACCCUGGUCUUGAAUGGGGUAACUGUGCCCCUGAAGGACCAGGUGCGCAGCCUGGGAGUCAUUUUGGACUCACAGCUGUCCAUGGAGGCACAGGUCAAUUCUAUGUCCAGGGCAGCUGUCUACCAGCUCCAUCUGGUAUGCAGACCGAGACCCUACCUGCCCAUGGACUGUCUUGCCAGAGUGGUGCAUGCUCUAGUUAUCUCCCUCUUGGACUACUGCAAUGCGCUCUACGUGGGGCUACCUUUGAAGGUGACCCGGAAACUACAACUAAUCAGGAAUGCAGCAGCUAGACUAGUGACUGGGGGCGGCCGCCGAGACCACAUAACACCGGUCUUGAAAGACCUACAUUGGCUCCCAGUACGUUUCCGAGCACAAUUCAAAGUAUUGGAGUUGACCUUUAAAGCCCUAAACGACCUCGGUCCAGUAUACCUGAAGGAGCGUCUCCACCCCCAUCGUUCUGCCGGGACACUGAGGUCCAGCGCUGAGGGCCUUCUGGCGGUUCCCUCACUGCGAGAAGCAAAGCUACAGGGAAGCAGGAAGAGGGCCUUCUCGGUAGUGGCGCCCGCCCUGUGGAACGCCUUCCCACCAGAUGUCAAAGAGAUAAACAACUACCUGACAUUUAGAAGACAUCUGAAGGCAGCCCUGUUCAGUGAAGUUUUUAAUGUGUGACAUUUUAAUGUAUUUUUAAUCUUUGUUGGAAGCUGCCCAGAGUGGCUGGGGAAACCCAGCAAAUGGGCGGGGUACAAAUAAUAAAUUAUAUUAUUAUUAAUUACAAUACUGUCCUCCUCUUAUCGGGAAGGUUCAAGUGGAGGCGGGGUGGCCUCCACCAUUCCUCUGCAGUCCAGGCCUUGACAAAAGGCCAUAAGGAAGCAUGGUUGGCUUAAAUUUGCAGGUGCCAUUCAGGGGGAUGGGAUUGUGGAAUUCAUUAAAGCCCCUGCCUCCUUUCCCACAUAGUGCUAUCCAGAAAGGUCUUUGGGGCAGAGGUCCAUAGCAUUUCUCAGCAGGAUUCCUGCAUCGCAGGCGAAUUGGACUUGAUGCCCCUUGGCUUUCCUCCCAACUCUACAAUUCUAUCAUUCUGUUUUCUAAAACAGGAUGAACAGGAGCUCACAAACACACACUCAAAUGUAGCAGGGAUGGCUCACCACAUUCUGAAACAAGUGAAGUUAUACCCAUUGUUAUGUACUGAAGUUUUCACCCUGGGCCAGCAGGGGGAUACUGUAGAUAGUUUUCACUCAGGUCCACAUAUGCAAAUAAGGGAUUGAAAGUGACGUUCAGUGAUGGUAUAGUUACAGAAAAUGGUUACUGUUGCGUUGUACUGGAGCUCUAUAUAAGCAGGCUGGCUGAACCCUUCAAUUCAGUUCUGUCCUGGCCUGUGAAUAAGCAAGAGCUGUUUGAAGAAUCGCUGUGUCGUCUGAUAUGUUCACCCACAACUUAACACCCAUGAACAUCUAAAGGCAGCAGAACCUCCUAAAGUCCAGCGUCUCAAAUUACCUAACUGCCCCAGUGGCUGCAUGUGGAGUUUGUAGCCAGAGUCAAAACUGACCCUUUGGCCUGAUAUCUCAAGAACUUUUUCUUGGCAUUAGAGUCAGCUGCACUGGCCAGAACACCCCCCUCCCUUUUUGCAAUUUUGCAGAAUCUACCUUGAAUCUACCUAUGAGCCCCCAGGUUUAGACUGGGCCACUUCUGAACUGGUGCAAAUUGCUGUUUGCACUCUUCUGCCUUUGUUUAAUACAGCCUGCAUCUCUGUUUCUCCUGUCGGCAGCCAGGGCUCUGAAGUGCCAUGCCUGUGAGGUUGCGAACCCAUACAACGGGUGCAUCUGGGGUGAACACGAGUGCACGGCGAAACCAAACGGGACCUGCGAAACGCGGCUCGCAAUGUUUGGUGAGUGUCAAGAGAGGAACGUCGUGAGCAUAGGAAACUGCCUUUGGUCAGUCCAGCUCAGCACAGUGGUACCUCGGAAGUCAAACAGUAUCCGUUCCAAAAAUCCGUUCAACUUCCAAAACAUUCUGAAACCAAGGUGUGGCUUCUGAUUGGCUGCAGGAAGUUCCUGCAGCCAAUCGGAAGCCACGUUGGACGUUCAGGUUCCAAAGAACGUUCGCAAACCGGAACACUCACUUCGUUUGAUGUAGGUUGCUUAUUUUUAAAGUUUUGUUUUAUUAUCACAUUUUUGUAUUGCAUUAGGUGUACAUUUUUUGUUUCUUCAGCUUGUAAACCGCCUUGAGUAUUGUAAGAUUGGAGGACGGUAUACAAAUUAAAAAUGAUGAUGAUGAUGACAUGAAAGGAACCUUGCUCUUGGGAAUCAGCAAGGAAAGCAGAAGGCUCUUCUGCAGGGGGAGAAAACCUGUAUAAAACUGGAGAACAGGUUCUGCACAGCAGGAAACAGUAGUGUAUUCUUUUUGUACAACCAGCACCACCCGGUUUAGGGACUGCUUGUACAACAGCAGCCCUGUUUAGGGAAGCUUUUUGUUAUGUACUGAAGUUCUCACCCUGGGCCGGCAGGGGGAUACUGUAGAUAGUUAUGAAAAUGAAGGAUCGAAAGUGACGUUCAGUGAUUGGAUAGUUUUAGAAAGUUGUUACAGUAACGUGUACUGGAGCUCUAUAUAAGCAGGCUGACUGAGCCCUUCAGUCAGUUCUGUUCUGGCCUCUGAAUAGACUGGAGCUGUUUGAAGAAUCGCUGUGUCGUCUGAUAUGUUCACCCACAACUUAACACUUUUAAUGUUUGAUGUAUUACAGUAUUUUAAUAUUUUUUUGGAAGCCGCCCAGAGUGGCUGGGGAAGCCCAGCCAGAUGGGAGGGGUAUAAAUAAUAUAUUAUUAUUAUUAUUAUUAUUAUUAUUAUUAUUACCCUGUGCGCAGAGUCUGGAGCAGCCAUCUACUUUUAGAUGAUCACAAGUCCAUUUCUCUCACACUUCAUCUUCCAAAGCAAAAGAUAUUGGUCAAUUUAGAUAGAUGAUAGAUGACAGAUAGAUAAUUUAUAGCAGGGUUUCCCAAACUGGGGUCUCCAGCUGUCUUUGGACUACAAUUCCUAUCAUCCCUGAUGACCAGACCUGCUAGCUAGGGAUGAUGGGAGUUGUAGUAAAAAAAAAAACAGCUGGAGACCCAAAUUUGGGAAACCUUGAUUUAUAGGAUAUGAUAAAGGUUGAUAGAUCCACAGAUAUAGAAAAAUGGUUGAUAAACUAUGGUAGAUAGACAGAUAACAGAUAGUGACAGAAAUUGGACAGUUGGCUAUGAUAGAUUAUAGGCAGAUAGGCAGAUAGGCAAACAGAUCAAUUGGCUAUGAAAGAUAGGUGGAGCAAGAUGGCUAGAUAGAUCAACAGGAGGGAGUUGAGUACAGUGGUACGUCGGGUUAAGAACUUAAUUCGUUCUGGAGGUCUGUUCCUAACCUGAAACUGUUCUUAACCUGAAGCACCACUUUAGCUAAUGGGGCCUCCCACUGCCGCCGCGCGAUUUCCGUUCUCAUCCUGAGGUAAAGUUCUUAACCCGAGGUAAUAUUUCUGGGUUAGCGGAGUCUGUAACCUGAAGCGUAUGUAACCUGAAGCGUCUGUAACCCGAGGUACCAGUGUACCGCAGUAUUCCUGGGUCAGGUGGUCUUGAUAGCGAUUCUAAGAUUCAUGGGUUAAUUUGCUGCUAGUCCCACCACAGUGUAACCCUGUCCCCCUCUUUAUUUCAUGUCCAGGCCCCUUCUACUUCUUCGCCUGGCUGGGCUGCAGCCACCAGUCUCCCAGCUGUAAUGCAUCGGGCCUGAAGGACUCCUUCUUCGGAUUCACCUAUAACGCCACAUGCUGCGACAGUGACGACCUCUGCAACAAAAUGCCGCAGCUGGAGCAGCGGUGGCCGUGGAGCGGGACCAGCCGCCAGGUGCUUCCGAACACCGCGGGGAUACUUGCUGGAGCUCUGCUGCACUGGGUGCACCUGAACUGACAAAGACAUGCGCAGAUCCUCCGCCACAAAUAGACUCUGCAACAACAUGCCAUGCUCCAAUGGAUCAAAGAGAAGGAUCUCUUAAGAAUAUCAAACUCAGGGCACCUUGAACAACGACGGGCCGGACCCACUUAACAUAUAAUAUUUUCAUGAGCCAUUUCCCCUAACAGAAUGCAGGCCGAGUCAUUGCCACUAAUUUUUGCUACUUAUUUUUUUACGCUACCGUUCCCCCAAUCUAUGCAUCCUUGCCCGCAUUGGUUCGGUUGGAGAAAAGCAUUACAAAAUUUGGAAAAGAGACAAUUCCGAAGGAUUGGUGCCGCUUCAGUUUGUGCACGAAUUUGGGAACUGCUGUGAACGCCUCCGCUGUAGGCUCGGGUUGUAUAUGUGUGUAAAUAAACCAUAUAACAUAAAGACA